GGGAGUCUGUUCUGGGGAGGGCCAAGAACCUGCCGGGACUGGAACCUAGGUUAGAAGGCUCCUUCCCAGACCAGGACAUUUUUUUUUGGUCCACUUUCUCGGGGCCCAUUGCUGGAGAGGGGAAGGAAAGAGUUAAAUCCCCAACCCACAUGGCUCUUUAUUUACCUUGAUGAAGGAGGGAGGCCCUGAAGAGCUGGGGUCAUUAGGGGACACCCUAUGAUGUCACCGUUGAGGGCCCAGGAACCUGACAGGCUCCCUGAAACCACUGAAAUGAUAAGUUGGACGGGGAGCUCAUUCAUUUUAAGUUGUAACUCUCAUCUGGCCUCCAAGAAUACAGAAGAGUGAGUGAGUGAGUGUGUGUGUGUGUGUGUGUGUGUGUGUGUGUGUGUGUGUGUGUGUGUUACUGCACAGGCUGGAUGAGCUGUCGAAGUAGUGGCAUAUGCCCAACGUGCCUGCUUCACAUGCUGUGGGUGGCCAUGGCAUCUGGGUCCUGGCUGUUGUGUUCCCCAGGUGGGCAGGGCAGAGUGAACCUCUUUCUCACUGGGAGACUCAGCAGUGCGGUUCCUGCCUUAGCUGCCUGCAGUGGGAAGUUGGAACAGCACACUGAACGGCGAGGGGUCAUCUACAGCCCAGCCUGGCCCCUCAACUACCCGCCGGGCACCAACUGCAGCUGGUAUAUUCAGGGUGACCGUGGUGACAUGAUCACCAUCAGUUUCCGGAACUUUGAUGUGGAAGAAUCUCACCAGUGCUCCCUGGACUGGCUCCUACUGGGCCCAGCAGCUCCACCUCGCCAGGAGGCCUUUCGCCUCUGCGGCUCAGCCAUCCCACCCGCCUUCAUCUCUGCCCGCGACCACGUCUGGAUCUUCUUCCACUCAGACGCCUCCAGCUCCGGCCAGGCCCAGGGCUUCCGCCUCUCCUAUAUCCGAGGGAAGCUGGGCCAGGCCUCCUGCCAGACAGAUGAGUUCCGCUGUGACAACGGCAAGUGUCUGCCUGGCCCCUGGCAGUGCAACCUGGUGGAUGAGUGUGGAGAUGGCUCGGAUGAGGGUAACUGUUCAGCACCCGCCUCGGAGCCGCCAGGCAGCCUGUGCCCCGGGGGAACCUUCCCAUGCAGUGGAGCCCGCUCCACGCGCUGCCUGCCGGUUGAGAGGCGCUGUGACGGCACACAGGACUGUGGUGACGGCUCUGAUGAGGCUGGCUGCCCCGACCUAGCAUGCGGCCGUAGGCUGGGCAGCUUCUAUGGUUCCUUCGCCUCUCCAGACCUGUUUGGCGCUGCCCGCGGGCCUUCGGACCUUCACUGCACGUGGCUGGUGGACACACAGGACCCUCGGCGUGUGCUGCUGCAGCUGGAGCUGCGGCUGGGUUAUGAUGACUAUGUCCAAGUGUAUGAAGGCCUAGGCGAGCGUGGGGACCGUCUCCUGCAAACACUCUCCUACCGCAGCAACCACCGGCCUGUGAGCCUUGAGGCGGCGCAGGGCCGCCUCACCGUGGCCUACCAUGCUCGUGCCCGCAGUGCUGGGCAUGGCUUCAAUGCCACGUACCAGGUGAAAGGUUACUGCCUUCCGUGGGAGCAGCCGUGUGGGGGCAGCAGUGAGGGAGAUGAUGGGAGCACCGGGGAGCAGGGCUGCUUCUCGGAGCCACAGCGCUGUGACGGUUGGUGGCACUGUGCAAGUGGCCGGGAUGAACAGGGCUGCCCCGCAUGCCCUCCGGACCAGUACCCCUGUGAGGGGGGCAGUGGCCUGUGCUACGCACCUGCCGAUCGUUGCAACAACCAGAAAAGCUGCCCCGACGGCGCCGAUGAGAAGAACUGUUUUUCCUGCCAGCCGGGCACCUUCCACUGUGGUACCAACCUGUGCAUCUUUGAGACGUGGCGCUGCGAUGGCCAGGAGGACUGCCAAGACGGCAGCGAUGAGCAUGGGUGCCUGGCCGCCGUGCCCCGCAAGGUCAUCACCGCCGCCCUCAUUGGCAGCCUGGUGUGCGGACUGCUGCUUGUCAUCGCCCUAGGCUGUGCCUUCAAACUCUACUCACUGCGCACGCAGGAGUACAGGGCCUUUGAGACCCAAAUGACACGUUUAGAGGCAGAGUUUGUGCGGCGGGAGGCCCCCCCAUCCUACGGCCAGCUCAUCGCACAAGGCCUCAUCCCCCCGGUAGAGGACUUUCCUGUCUACAGCGCAUCCCAGGCUUCAGUGCUGCAGAACCUUCGCACAGCCAUGCGACGGCAGAUGCGUCGGCAUGCCUCCCGCAGGGGGCCAUCCCGCCGCAGGCUCGGCCGCCUCUGGAACAGGCUCUUCCACCGCCCACGGGCGCCGCGAGGCCAGAUCCCGCUGCUGACGGCUGCGCGUACCUCACAGACCGUGCUGGGUGAUGGGCUCCUCCAGGCAGCACCGGGAUCUGUCCCAGACCCCCCAGCACCCCAUACAGACACGGGCAGCCCCAGGGAAGCUGGAGAUGGGCCGCCCAGUGGCCCUGGCCACGUGCCAGAAGUGGGGCCUUCAGUGCCACCCCCACCCUUGAACCUGCGAGACCCAGAGUACAGGCCAGAGGACAAGGAGAGAAAGGCCUGUGAGGACCCUCCGGAAGACAGCCCAGCCCCCGUGGACACGCCUCCAGAGCCCUGCUUGGCCCAAGACCCCUACCCCCAGACUCCCACUGCCAGCAGCACCCAAGAUCCCCACUCACCAGAGUCAUUGGGAGUCUGCAGGAGCCCCCCACCAACCUGCUCCCCAAUAUUGGAGGCUAGUGACGAUGAAGCCCUGCUGGUCUGCUGACCCACUGGACACGCUGGUGACUGCCACAGCCCCGCUUUGUAACCAGGGAAUACACAGUCAUUUCUACCCUGCCUCUGCAUUCUUUCUUACAAACAGAGGCCCACCUAGCAUCCCCGGUGGAAGGCCUGGGCGCUCAGCCAGUGGGCUACCUCUGCACGCCCAUAGCCCUGAUGGGCAUUGCUGGCAGGGGCUUAGGGGCCCAUUAGUUGGCCUGGGAAGGAGGGUGGGGUGAUAAAACCAGCUUUGAGGUUGGCAAGAGCACAGCCCCCGGGAGUCUCAUGUCAAAUUGCUCCCUGCAACUCUAAUCUGGGGAUUCAUUUCCAGAAAAGCAGGAGAGCCAGAGCCAGGCUUUCCACAAUGUUUUCUGUGGCUUCUCAGUUCAUUCACCCGGCAGUGGCACCAGCUGCCCAUCCCAGAACUCUGCCAGGAGCUGUAGUUGAGGCCCGAAAAGGUCAUAGGGGGUGUUGGACCUCAUUCAUGGUGAGUGUGUUAUUCAUCCUUCCCCACAGGGCCCCUGGGGGAGAUGGGCUAGUGGCUUCUGUCCCAUCCUCAUGCCUGGGGCGGCAGCAGGGGCCUGGCUAGGCUGGGGCCCUUUGCCCACUGGCUGCUGGGUCAGUCCCUAAGCAUAAUGGUAAGACUGAAAAUAUGAGAGAGGAUGACCAUGACAGAGGCCAUUCUAUGGUUUCUCAGGAUACAGAAGCUAAGGUACUGAGUGACAAUGGUAACAUCUAUCCUGUCCUGCUUCAGAGCCUCGGUUUAACCGCCCAAAGCCAGGGCAACGCUGUGCUAUCAGAAGUGGUAGCAUUCACUUUGGUGAUUUAUGGGAAGGCUAGUCCCAGCUAGGGAUUUCUGGGUUAUUCUGGGUGGCUGAGCUCAAGGUGGGAUGGAGGGUCACAGGUGGAGUCUCACUGUGUCCUAUGGGCCCCAUGGAGCCAGCCUCAGGCUCCAGCAGCAAAACUCGCCAGAAAACCCCCUCCAUCGUACCUUCCUACCUAGCGACCGAUAUGCCGUGCUGAUCCCCAUGGACCCCCCUUGUGCACAGCAACAACCAGCCCUGUUUAUUUGCAGGCUUUUUGGGAGAAGCUAGCAGGGCAGUGCUAAGGCAGGAGACCCGACCCCAGUGGCCGGUCCCUUACAAUAGGCCUCGAAGGGUCGGAUCUCUCUCUCUUUUUUUUUUCCAGAAAAAAAAAAUUUUUAAACAAACAAAACACAAAACCCUCCUCAAUAAACAACAUGUAAACAGAAUCAGCUGUUUCAGUCUCUACAAGGUCUCAUUGUGUCUUCAAGGGCUUGUCCGUGAUGGGCAAUGGGGAGGCCUGGCCCAUGGGGCCAUUUUCCUCCUCCUCCAGGGAGCCCUGGGGGUAAACCACGAAACACAGCUCCUGGCCCCAGCGUGUCAUGGACUCUAAGAACAGACAGAUAAGACAGACAGAUAGAUCACGGUUGAUCCUUUGAGACAGGGAUGACCCGAACUCCAUACACCUCCUUUGGGCAGGGAGUCGCUUCCUUUGCAGAUGGAUCCUGGCCACAUCUCCAUGUAGCAGGGAUUUUGAGGGAGGUCGCUGGGUCCUUUGUCACCAGCCAGGCUGGUCGAAGGCCCUUGUUCUGGGGUGGGAUCAAAGAGAUGCCCACCCUCCCCCAAGAGUCAUGGUGGCGGCUCACCCGUGAGUCUGUGCACACACUUUGGUUUGCUUCUCCAGAACACUCCCAGGAAGAAGAUGGGGACCCCAGUGAGGAUGAUGAUGACACCGACCCCACAGACCAUGGGCUCCGAGAUGAAGCUGAAGACCAGUAGGAAUGCCCAGAACACCAAGUACGCAACAGGAAUGAGGAGGUUCACCUAACAGAGAGAGGAUGGACAGGAGCACCGGGGAAGGGCAUCACCCUAGCUCUCCUUCCCGAACCACCCCGGGGAUCAGAGGCACUCUCUCCAUCUCUUGGGAACCGGGGCCUGCAUUGGCCCCACUGGUUGCAGCCCAGUGCACUGGGGAGCAACUCCUGGGUUGACCAGUUGGCUGAACUGCUGAGGCUGUCUAUUUGAGGAGUGCUGAGCUAUCUGUUGCCGUUUGCAUUUGGCUGCAGCUCAACUAUUUUUUGGUGCUUCGUAUUUCAGGCAAUCUUCAGGAUUUAUAUACAGAUGGGGGGCUUUUCUGUCACUCUUUCAUGUGAGAUCAUGAGAAUGCCAGGCUCUGUCAUUGGCAGUCCAUGUGACCUUGGUCUCAUUGUCCCUGUCUGUGGACUGGGAAUAUUAAAAGCACAUGCUUCCUGGGGCUA